AGAACCACUUAUUAAGACGCCCCUUAGAAGAGAUAUAUUACUUGUGGCAGUUGACUGGAGGUGAUAUUGAGGCUGAACUGAGAAGACAAGGAUUAAUCAAAGUAAAGCCUGCAAUAUGUACACAGCCAAAAGUGGUAAUUGAAGAAGGAGAGCAGUUUGGACAGAAGAAAGAUAGUGCAUUUUUCUUGAAUGAUACAGUUAUUAUUUUACCAUUGGAUCAACUAAAACAGAGAUUGAAGGACAUUGACCCAGUGAUUUAUUAUCCACUGAUUGAGAAUGGAAGUACCAGUCUUCCCAGCAAUGUGAGUAGCAUAGACCUUCAGGAAACUGCUAGUCUUCCCCUUUUGAUCAAGGAAAAAGACAUUGAGUAUCAGUUACAUCGGGUGAUAUUGUUUGAACGUCUGUUAAAUGCUUAUCCUUAUAAGAGACCACAAAUAGUUCGAGAAGCAAGGGCUGAUAUCCCACCACUGUACAGAGGACAUGUGUGGGCAGCUCUGUUAGAAAUUGAGGGAGACAUUCAUAGCCAGUAUGAUCAGAUUGAUAAAGAAACCCCCACACUAACAGACAGACAGAUUGAAGUAGAUAUUCCAAGAUGUCACCAGUAUGAUGAGCUACUUUCCUCUCCAACUGGACAUAAUAAGUUCAAGAGGAUACUGAAAGCCUGGGUGGUCACACAUCCUCAGUAUGUGUACUGGCAAGGACUGGACUCACUGUGUGCCCCUUUUCUUCGGCUCAACUUUAGUAAUGAAGCUCUUGCCUAUGCCUGCCUCUCUGCCUUUAUUCCAAAGUAUUUAAACAUGUUUUUCCUGAAAGACAACUCUCCAGUUAUUCAAGGUACCUAUUUUUUUAUUUUAUAAAGUGAAAUGAUUC